UUAAUUUUUCCAGAAAUGAUCCCCGCCCUGAGCCCCUUCCUCCGCCAUCCCCUUCUGCCCCGUGCAAAGUUGGCCAGUAACGCUAGGGUUUUGAGACGAACGGCCAGGAUGACGAUCGAAGAAGUGGCGGCGCCCGUCGAAUGGCCGGCGAAGAGGGUGAGGGACACGUUCGUGAGCUUUUUCGAAGGGAAGGGACACGUCAACUGGCUUUCAAGCCCUGUGGUUCCGCUUGACGAUCCAACGCUUCUCUUCGCGAACGCCGGGAUGAACCAGUUCAAGCCCAUCUUUCUCGGAACUGCAAACCCUAAUACGCCUCUUGGAAAACUCACUCGCGCCUGCAACACCCAGAAGUGCAUCCGUGCCGGCGGCAAGCACAACGACCUCGAUGAUGUUGGAAAGGAUACUUACCACCAUACCUUCUUCGAGAUGCUUGGAAACUGGUCUUUUGGUGAUUACUUCAAGAAGGAGGCAAUCACCUGGGCGUGGGAGCUUCUUACGGAGGUUUAUGCAUUGCCCAAAGAUCGCCUUUAUGCUACUUAUUUUGGAGGAGAUGAGAAGGCCGGUCUUCUUCCUGAUAUUGAAGCAAAAAACACAUGGCUGGAGUUUUUACCAGCUGAACGAGUUUUGCCUUUUGGCUGCAAGGACAACUUCUGGGAAAUGGGUGAUACUGGCCCCUGUGGUCCUUGCACUGAAAUUCAUUUUGACCGUGUUGGUAACCGUGAUGCUUCUGCUUUGGUCAACAAUGAUGAUCCAACUUGCAUAGAAAUAUGGAACCUUGUAUUUAUUCAGUUUAAUAGAGAAGGGGACGGCAGUUUAAAGCCUUUACCUGCAAAACAUGUUGACACAGGGAUGGGAUUUGAGCGUUUAACUUCUAUACUGCAGAAGAAAAUGAGCAAUUAUGACACUGAUGUGUUCAUGCCAUUAUUUGGUGCUAUCCAGCAAGCGACUGGAGCUCGACCAUACUCGGCAAAGGUUGGGGCAGAUGAUGUGGAUAAAGUUGACAUGGCCUAUAGGGUGGUGGCUGAUCAUAUAAGAACGUUGUCAUUUGCUAUUGCUGAUGGUUCUCGUCCUGGCAAUGAGGGGCGUGAAUAUGUUUUGAGGCGAAUUCUUCGAAGAGCUGUACGCUAUGGUAGGGAGGUUUUAAAAGCUCCGGAAGGAUUUUUCAGUCAUCUUGUAGGUGUUUUGGUUAGCGUGAUGGGUGACAUUUUUCCCGAGCUCAAACAGCAUGAGGAGAAGAUUAGAGAUAUUAUUUCUGAGGAGGAAGUUAGCUUUGGAAGAACAUUGUUGAAGGGAAUAGAGAAGUUUAAGAAGGCUGCUCAGGACCUUAAGGUGGGGAAUACAUUGAGUGGGCAGGAGGCAUUUAUCUUGUGGGACACUUAUGGUUUCCCAGUGGAUUUGACCGAGUUGAUGGCUGAAGAGAGGGGCCUUACUGUGGAUGUUGAGGGCUUCAAUGUUGCCAUGGAGGAUGCCAGACAGAAAGCAAGAAAUGCUCGAAGCAAGGCAGUUGGUGAUAUAAUUGCAAUGGAUGCUGAGGCCACAUCAGAAUUGCAUGUAAAAGGAGUGAAUCCAACUAAUGAUAGUCACAAGUUUGUCUGGUUCCAGGAUCAUGAAACUGUUAUAAAGGCUAUCUAUAAUGGAUCUGAAUUUGUGGAAACUGCUGUUGCUGGUUCUGAUUUUGGAGUUAUCCUGGAAAGCACUAGUUUCUAUGCAGAAUCUGGUGGCCAGAUAUAUGAUACUGGCUUUCUUAAAGGAAAAUCUGGAUCAUUUCUAGUCAAUAAUGUUCAACCUUUUGGAGGAUUUGUUCUUCAUAUUGGUACCUUUCCCGGAGACACUGGAGCAUUUUCAGUUGGUGAUAGGAUAAUUUGCAAGGUUGAUUACCAAAGGCGCGCCCUUAUUGCCCCUAACCACACAGCUACGCACAUGCUGAAUUUUGCACUUCGGGAAGUCCUUGGCGAUCAUAUUGAUCAGAAGGGCUCUAUCGUUCUUCCGGAGAAGUUGCGGUUUGAUUUCUCCCAUGGGAAACCUGUCCAUCCCGAGGACUUGAGAAAAAUUGAAGCCAUUGUGAAUCAGCAGAUUAAAGAUGAACUGGAUGUGUAUGCAAGUGAAACUAGCCUUUCUGUAGCAAAGCGAAUUGCUGGACUCAGAGCUGUGUUUGGAGAAGUCUAUCCUGACCCAGUUAGGGUUGUGUCAGUUGGCCGAAAAGUAGAAGAUAUUGUAGCUGAUCCAGAAAACAAGCAGUGGUCAUCAAUAUCAACUGAACUAUGUGGAGGUACUCAUAUAUCAAAUACUCGAGAAGCCAAAGCAUUUGCACUUCUUUCUGAGGAAGGAAUUGCCAAGGGUGUUCGAAGGGUAGUUGCCGUGACAUCUGAAUGUGCUUUCAAAGCGUUAGAGUUGGCGAAUUCUCUUGAUUUUGAAAUUGCAAGCACAUUCACGUUAGAAGGAACGUCACAAGAAAAGAAAGUGGCAGACCUAAAAAGUAGAAUAGAUAAAGCAUCCAUUCCAGCAGCUUUAAAAGCUGAUAUGAAAGCAAGGAUCUCUCAGUUGGAGGGACAAAUCAGAAAGGACAAAAAGAAAAUAGGGGAAGAGAAUAUUGAAAGAGCUAUUGGCAUUGUUACCAGUGCUGCAGAUAAAGCAGCAUCCGAGGGAAAAUCUUUUUGUAUUUGUCAGGUCUCUGUUGGUCUUGAUACCACAGCUGUUCGGGAGGCAGUUCUGAGGAUUAUGGAUCAGAAGGGACUGGCAGUGAUGGUAUUCAGCACUGAUGAAAAUUUGAACAAAUCUGUGGUGUGUGCUGGAGUCCCUAACAACCCAUCUAUGAAGAGUCUGGCGGUGCUGGAGUGGCUGACUGCUGCAAUGAAACCAAUCAGUGGGCGGGGUGGUGGAGGGAAGAAUGGCAUCGCUCAAGGCCAGGGAAAUGAUGCAACUCAUGCUGCUGAGGCUGUGGGUGUUGCAGAGAAAUUUGCGCAGAUGAAACUCAGCUAGAAUUAACAUGCUUCACAUAUUCCCACCUUCUGGAGGAUUUUGGUGAGUUCCAACUUAAAAAAUCUUAUGAUUUUAGAUUCAAAAGGGUAUAUUAUGCGGUGGCAAUAUUUAUUGUUAGAAUAUAAAGAAAAUAUUAUUAUUAUUAUUAUUCUGUAAUUUGUUGUAGUUUUAGCAUAAGGCGACACUACUUGAUGUCUUGCUCGUUGACAACACAAUCAGAACAAUGCAUACAAUCACACAAUCAUUACACUGUUGCAAUUGUUAUAUUUAAAAAUGGUUGAAUACGCCCCACAAAUUCUUAUGUAUUUAUGUGGCUGA